GACAUCUUUGUUGUAUGUGUUAAGAGCUCGAUCAAGUCUACUGCUACUCUAUGGACAGAGUAUAAGAUGAUCACGGUCUCAGUCAUUCAUUACUACUAACUCGGAUAUCCAACGAACGUCCCGGGACUUGACCGGGACACUAUCCCUCCGUACUCGUCGGAGUACCUGUAUUGUCAACCCAUCUCUCCGCUCCUCUGAAGCUCGAAUUACGACUGCAAAAGAAUAAACAUGUCCGUUCAAAGAUAUUUGCUACCUUUGGUGGCUUUCAUAGCCACACAGGCUUUCGCUCACGGAGGCCACGAGGAGGUCCCCGAAGGCGAGGCUGUUUCAGGCGAACCUAUUGAUACUACCUUGUGGCUACAUAUGAUUUUAAUGACGGCAACGUUCGGCAUCAUGUUUCCGUUCGGCAUGGUUCUCGGAAUCAUCCGUUCUCGCUGGCAUGUUCCUGUACAGGUUGUGGCCACCGUCGUCGCCGUACUUGCUUAUUUCAUGGGUCAUAUGCAUAAAGGACGCCAAUUCGCAAAGAAUAUCCACGCUUCGUUCGCCAAUAUACUGAUGUUGAUGUUGAUUGUCCAAGUCGCACUUGGCGUAUACUUGAAACUUCAUCUCGAAAAAGGGUUCCAAGGCCGGAUCCGUCGGUACUUUGUUAUUGCGCACGGUGUGGUAGGAAAAGCAAUGCCGGUCGUCAGCUGGGCCCAAAUCUUAUUUGGUGGAAUUACAGCAAACGGGUUCUGCCGUGACGACCAUCUCGGCCAGUGUCUGGCUCAUUUUAUCAUGGGAAGCGCUUUUAUUGCCUACGGAAUUGUGAUGACUAUCUUGCUUCUUGUUGGACAAUUCUGGUUAAGACGCAGCGGCCGGAGUCAGGAAUUCUUUGACUCUCUCAUCAUUGCCAUCUGGGGCUGUAUCAAUACCUUUACUGAGCAUCGAUGGGGCCAGCCCUGGGUUCACAAUGACUUGCAGCAUACGACGAUGGGUAUCGUCUGGUGGUGUGCUGGAUUAUUGGGCAUGUGGUUGAGUCGCAAGAGGAAUGGACGUCCCAAGCGCAACCUAAUUCCGGCCAUCGUUAUCUUGUUGACGGGAUAUGCCAUGUCAGCACAUCCCCAGACGCUUAUGUUGAGUACAAUGGUGCAUACAGUGUUUGGUUACACGCUCAUGGCCGCUGGAGCGGCUCGAAUAAUUGAGAUUUCGUUCGUUCUCAGAGAUCGACCGACUCUUAGUCCUGAUGGGUCGGAUCCUCACAGCUUCCAAUAUCUUCCUCCAUUCCUCCUUUAUGCCUCCGGUUUCCUAUUCAUGGGUGCCACAGAAGAACAAAUGGCACUUCUCAGCAACGCAGGCAUUACGCACGUAUCAUAUGUCUUGAUCUUGUACAGCGUUGCCUUUAUCCUAUUCCUCUUUGUCAACAUCCUCCUUCACGUCUACGCAAUCCACGCCUUCCCCGACUCAGCAACCGUCACCACAAACACUCACGCAGAAGAAGACGGCUUCAUGCCCAAACUCCGUCGCGAAGAUUCUUCCUCCUCAUACACUGUAGUCAACGACGGAUUCCCUGCAAACGGCAGUACCAUAAACGGCCAUCCUCGUUCACGCGCAGAGGCGCAACAGAUCCAAGACGCAGAAGCCUUUGAGUUGCAAGGACUCAUUUCAGAAGAUGAACAUGAGGGUUCGAAUAAUCCGCGUACUAGGAAGGAAGUGAGUGAUGACGAGGAAGAGAGUCUUGUUGGUGUUUCCAGAUAAUUCUCUCCCUCUCUCGUCUUUCUCUCGGAGAUGUAGUUACACCUCCAUUAUACAUUAUAAUAAUACCUUGACUUCAGCCCGUUUUAAGUUGAAGGGAGUCAUACAACAUUGCUAUAUAGUUUUCGCAUCCCAAACAAUCUCCGUUCUGGGCAUUCAACCAUGUACAUAGAAUUUGAAAGUUGCAUUUUUUUUAC